CGAAUCUCGCGCGGGAACGCUGCAACGAGAGAAACGCGACGCCGAAUCCACAAGUCAGCACAGAAGCGUGCUCUAGAGGCACUCCCCGCACCACUGGGUCGUCGAGAACAGAAUAAUAAGAUACGACGAUGAAACUCAACAGGGGUAAGCCGGCGCAUUUGCGAGUCACGGAAAUGGCUCUAGCCGUGUUUUUCACACUGAGUGCGCCAGUGGCCGUGGCCCGCGUAGUGGACAACAGCGGACAAAGCGGCUGUGAGGACAUCUACAGGCGCUACAACGAGAAUCACAUACUCUGUCGUCAGCCUGAGAGCGUGUGCCAGCCUGUUGCCUCUGGAGUCGGGGACGUCGACAAGGACAUCAUCCUUGCCGCCCACAACCACUACCGGAGUCAAAUCGCAAUAGGAAACAACUCGAAGUUUCCGCAUGCUGCCAACAUGCUGGAAAUGGAAUGGGACGACGAUCUUGCAAGAGUGGCGCAAGCCCAUGCUAAUCUUUGCACAAGCCAGCCGGCUUGCUCGUCGUGCAUGAGAAUCGAGAAAUUCCCCCGUGUCGGCCGCGCUGGUUGCUUAAUACGAACGGAUUCUGAAAACAACACCGCCGAUUGGGAAGGAUGCAUAGGAUACAUGUACAAGGAGUCGCUCAGGAUCCCCGACACAAGCUCGAGUACGCCAUUGAGGACGAUGCCCGGCAUUGAAAGUUUCACUCAGCUGGCUUGGGCGGCAACUUGGAAGGUUGGAUGUGGCUACGCGAAAUUUCCUUCGGGGUCGGCACUUCGCUUCGAGAAACUCUACACCUGUGCUUAUGGCCCUGGCGGAAACGUGCGUGGUGAGCAAGUUUACAAAGUUGGCCCAGCGUGCUCCGACUGUCCGGAAGGUACUUGCUGCGAGGGAUCGUGCCGUAGAUACGGUGUCACGCCUGCUCACCGUGGCUUGUGCACGGUGGUCGGCGAUGGCCCGGGCGUUCUUUCGGAUGAUGAAGACAAGUUAGUGUUAAACUGCUUGUUCAACAAAGUCACUUCGCCUUGGUGCCAAUACCGAAGUGAUCCGAACGGUGCUUGGACGACGAAGACAUUUUUCGCGACGGGCUAUGCUGAAUCCGUGCUCGAGGCUGGCCAGAGUGCAGAGAUGACCAUCGAGCGCACCAUCCAGCCACCUAGCAAUGGCCAAAUAUGCGUCGAGAUCGAGUACAGUAAGGGUCCUAACGUUGCCGGAACGCCUAACCGUGGACUGUUCAACCUCAUCGUGACACCUGUCGACCGGCCAGAGCGUCAGAGGACCAUUAACCUGUCCGGAGGGGCUGCAAAUAUCGUGCGCAUGCGCCUUACACUCCACUACAACGUUGGCGUGAAGAUCGGCUUCUUAUUCGUCGUACCAGGAGGAAGCCCUGCACAGUACGUGAACAUUCACAAGGUUGCGGUUUACGAGAAAGCUUGCUCCGAGUGAUGUAAUUAUGUGCAGCAUUGUGAAAUAAAAAGCUUUUUUAUUUGUUAUUCAAA